UCAUGCACAAAUGGGAGGAUUCCAGUGGGGGAUUCCAACAGAUUAUAUAUAUAAACAAAACACCUGAGAGUAAGAGAUGCCCAUUUCAACCUGUGUCACUCCACCGUGGCUAACAUACUAUGGACUGCUGUCUUUUAGUCAUGGGGCAGACACAGCAAACAGAAAGCAGAGAGGAGAUAGAUGUCAAAGCCCUUCAGGAUAUGUAUAAAAAAUUUGUCAUGGAGUGCCCAAGUGGAGUACUUUUUCUGCACGAGUUCAAGCGUUUUUUUGGCGUGAACCCAACAGGAGAAGCAUCAGAUUAUGCUGAGAGCAUGUUUCGAGCUUUUGACAAGAAUGGGGACAAUACAAUUGACUUCCUUGAAUUUGUGGCAGCACUGAAUCUUGUUUUCCGGGGAGAUCUGGAGCACAAACUCCGCUGGUCAUUCAAAGUGUAUGAUAAAGACGGCAAUGGCUAUGUGGACAGGAGCGAGUUAAAAUCAAUAAUUGAUAGCAUUUAUCGAAUUAAGAAAUGCUCAAAGACAGACAUGACUGAGCCACAGCUUUCAAUCGAUGAAGUUGUGGAUCGCAUAUUGAGUGCUGUUGACUCUGAUGGAGAUGGUCACAUCAGCAUGGACGAGUUUAUCAAAGGUGCUCAACAGGACCCAUGGGUUCUCAGCAUGCUGAGGUUGGACAUGAACCCUGCAGGAUGGGUGCUGGAGAACAGGAGAAAGAGUGCACACUUCUGAAAAAGCACCACGACCUGUGCAAUGCCAACAAAGAGAAAUUACUUGUGGCUACAAUCAAACAGACUUAAAUAUAUCUGUUUAAGAGUCUAUUCAUGUGUGAAUCGUACCUCUUAAGCACAAUUUUUAUUGUUAUUAUCAAAGCGUGAAGUAUACUCAAAGAAAUUGUCUUUUUGGUUGUUAUUUGGUUUCUGGUACAGUGAAAGAAUAACAGAACAUCACAAUGACAAUGAGCAUAAUGACAAACGUAUAGUGGCUUCGUUUCUCUGCAUUAUUCUCUGUUUCAAAUAUUGUAAUAGCUACAUUUGAUUAUAUUAUUAUGAAUAUAAUUUUAAAAAAAAAUCCAGGAAUUUUGAAGUGGUCCAUGUUCUGUAUGUUUUGCUUGCUAAAGCAACUCAGCAGCCUUCCUGCCAUAAAGUGUCGAUGUGUAAAUAGUGAAUAAUUAUAUUGCUUUUUUAUUAUUGAUUUUGUGAUUUUAUACCAUUUGUCCUUUUUUUAUGACAUUUUACCAUUGUUGUUAAUACUAUGCACACAGCAUCAAAAUGCAGUAAAACAAUGCUCAUUGAAUUGUCUGUUG